GUUGUUGAGAAAAAGCCAUUUAUAAAUAUGAUUUUGUUUGUACAGGGUGACCAGGUUGGCAUAGCACCUUGAGGAUGUUCAGUAAUUUCUUCUUCACUUUAUAAAUAUGGUGGAGAGGAACUGUCGGUCUGGCAUAAAUCCAUCAGAAGCUUUCCGCUUCCUGGUGGAAGAGAAGAUCGUAUGCCAGCAGUCACAAAAAGCCAAGUAUACCCAACGAGUGGACUACAUUGUCCAGCUGCCCGUUCCCAUGGAUCAGGCAACUAAUAUGGAGGAGCUACAAGAAGCUGAGCGUCGUCGUGAGGAGGUGGAGUCAACUGGAGCCCCUCCCCCUGCUGUGACAUGUGCUCAAAUCCCAUUUGCUGCCUGUUUGGCUGCUCUCAGUGAACCAGAAACACUCACAGAUUUCUGGAGUUCUGCAGUGCAGACCAAAACCACUGCCACAAAGACCACUCGCUUUGCUUCGUUUCCUGACCAUCUUGUUAUCCAAAUCAAGAAAUUUACCUUUGGCUUGGAUUGGGUUCCUAAAAAACUAGAUGAAUUAUACAUUUUUUUUUUUUUUUUGGCCAUGUUUAAUACUAUGACAUGUUAA